AUUAAAAUGGAGGAAAAGGAUAGAUUUAAGCGAGCAGCAACAAGCUACAACCAAGACCAAUACUUUUACCAAUACAAAAGACAAAAUGAGGAGGAAAAAUAUUCCAGUGAGAACACGAGGGACAGAAAUUUGUUGUGCCCAAGGCUUCAUAAGGAUCAACAGCACCCAUCAACUUUCCAUUCCGCAAUUAAUCCCUUGGAGUAUUACCAAGACGAAAAUGACACUAGUCGUGAAAACCAACUUAGCAAGCUCAUUGAGCAGAAUCAGAGAGAAGAUAUGAUCGAACCUGAUGAAGAGGUCUCCUCAGGCAGCGAAGACAAUGACAUUCAAUACAGUGAUGACUCCCAGAACGAUAAAUCUGAAUCGAUGUCCAACUCACAGUUGAAAAUGACAGGAGAACAGCAUAAUGAAGAGUUUCCUCAAAAUCUUAUCCAGGAAGAUGCUGAUCGACUUAUGAACGAUAUUUCUCAAGAGAUGAACAGAAAUGAUGGAGCGAAGUUCAGUCAAAAAAAAACCCGGGCUGAUAGCUCAAAGGCUAAUAAUUUAAAAAAUUUUAAUGAGAGGAAUAGCUAUGAUGAACAGCUAGAUACCUCUCGAGAGAUCUAUGUGAGUGAUGAUAUGAAGAGAUCUCUCAAUAACGUCAUGGAAGAAACCAACGAAGAUGAAGAGCUACCUCAUUACAAUUACGAUAAUCACCAGAGACCUCCCAGAAUGACCAACCGUGCAUCUUUUGGUCAACCAGAUCAGACUGAGAGCGAGAAAUAUGACAUAAAAUCUACACCGAACAUGGGUAGUCGGAAGAAAAAGCUUAUUUCUGAAAAAGAAAAUUUUCAUUCUGGCCCAAAGAGCCCAAAUCCUAAGCAGUUAUCUGAUCAGACUUUAAAGAAUGAAGAUAUAGAUACAGAUAUUGGACUCAAUCUUUCUAAAAUAAAUAUGAAAGACAAGAAAUUCUCUGAUCUCGUCAUCAGUGGCAAGCUCAAUGGAGAUGUUCUUAAAGAAAAGAUCAUUAAAAAUCAACAAUUAUUCAACGAGUACACUGGAAGUUCAUCUAAGAGGGAACUUGAUGACCCCUCGAGAACUCAGGGGGUCACUGGAGACGAAGCAGACCCAGAAACAUUCGAGCCCCCUACUGGUGCUGAAGAGAGCUCCAGAAUCGAGGAGCCUCAAGUGAUGUACUCCAAACAACUUGCUGAUGAAUUCAUCUUCAGCAAGAGAGAUCAAAGCUGGAGGAAUAAUAAAGUUAAUAGUUCAUGCAUUGUCUCCAGUAAAUCUCAAACUGAUCUUGGAUUCAGGAGCGAUAAAUCUACCUUAAGGAACCCUGUCUACUUUCAUACUGUUUUCGGUAGUGUUGUUGAAAACAUAGCUGCCUUGGAAACUGACAUCGCCAGAAACUUCAGAAAUAUCAACAAUAAAUUUGGCUCUCAAACAGGAGAAUUCAUGAAGAUAAAAUCUGACUUAGAGAGCAUUCUUGAAAAUGUGCAAUCAUUUGAAAACCGAAUCCAGUCCAUUAGCAACAGGCAUGGCUAUUUCUCAGAAAGACUUGACAAGUUUCAGGAGAUUUGUAGCAACUUAGGAAAGAAAGAUCAGCAAAAAUUUGAUCUAAUCACAAAACUCGAGGAAGAAUUCCACCAAUUCCAACUAAGCAGGAUAGAAGAUAGCAGCAGAGCUGAGAUCCUCAACAAAUCCUUCUCAAUUGGUAAAGAAUUCGAAGCGAAAUUCCAAGAGCUAGAGUCCAGGCUCUACAGUAUGGAAUCGCAAAUCUCAAGCACAGACACAAGGACCAAGAGACUUGAGAGUCAAACCCAAAGACUGGAGACUCAAACUCAGAGGAUAGAGGCCCAAACACAAAGAUCUCAUAACUCUGAGUCUAAAUUUGAGAGGAAAUGUGAGCAGAUUGAGAACAAUUUUCACGAAAACCUCGAUAGGAUCUACGACCAGAUAGACUCAGCAAAAGUUGAGAUCAAGAAGGAGAUGUUCGAAGAGCUCCCUAAUUUUGAAAACUUCAGAGAUAUGGAACACCAAAUACAAACUCUCAAGAAAGGAUUCUCCAACUCUGAACAAAAGCUACUCAGUGUCGAGAAAGAGCUUAAAAAUGGGAUUAUCAGUAGUGAAUUAAAGGAAGAUCUCUCCCAGCUGAGAACUCUCAGCUCCAGCAUUGGCAGAAUCAACGAUGCCUUCAAGGAAGAUGUAUUUAAUCUUGAAAACAAAAUAAAAGAAAACUCGGUGAAAAUCCUUGGGACUCAAAAUGAAUGCACUGAGAUAAAAUCCUUGCUUGAUAAAAACAUUUCAAAAAUUAUCUAUGAGACCAACUGAACUAAUGAUAAAGUACAGAAUUUAGAGACCCUUUUAGGAGAUGUUUAUGACGUUGUAAUAAAAUACAACAGCCAAGGGAAGAAGUCUAAUCUUCAGCAGAUAAACCAGUCAAUGAUGUACAAUGACAAAGAGUCUAAACAGGAUCUUUCAGCUAGCUUUAUCUCUAAAACACAUGAAAAUAUGAUCUCUGGUCCUCUCAACAAGCAAGAGAGAUUUAAGAUCUAUGACCAAUUCACCCAAUUCGAUAAGGCCAUCUUCGGUUGCUUGGCUUUGAUCGAGAAGGAAAAGAUGGUCAUUGACGGUAUCCAAAAAGGUAUGAAACAACUUGAAAACAGAGUCAAAGAGAAUGAAAAGCAUAUUUCUUCCAUUAAAGAAGCAUUAAUUCAGAUUCACAACACUGGCGGCAAGGUCAAAAGAAAGAACUCUGGUGUCAAAAAGAUAGAGAAAGACCUCAUGGAAGAUAUGGUCCACAAGCAAGUCAUCAAAAAUUUUAAAAAGUUUGAAGAAAUUCUUUCUAAUCUGAUAAAUUAUGAAAACAAGUUUAAGGAUAUGGAUAAUAUGAUGCAGACUAUUGAUACUUUGGUCAAGGAAAGGAAUAGAAGAGAUACUUUUGAUAGCUUAGAGCCAGAUAAAAACAUGACUGGCAGAAACACUAGCAAAACUAACAACAAAAACAGCUCAGACGAGGAAGAAUCCUCAAUAGAGAGUGGAUUUCAAAAACUCAGAGAUAACAGACCAAAUAUGACAAGCGAUUACCACAGAAGUCCUGAACUUGCGAAGAUGGUAAGCGUACCUCAAAAUGGCAGAAGCACUGCUUGCCAGCCUACAAUUCGAGAAUCCCCUCACAACCUUGUCUGCGAGAGUAAAAUACAGAGUGCGAGCUUACGUAAGUCCUCUAUGCCUAAUGCUCCCUUCUACAAAAACACCCGUAACCUCAACAAAAGGUCAGUUGGCAGUACAAAGAUGAACCGCCACUACAGCACAGAGCGUAACCACAAUAUCAACAUUCGUGGCUGCUCAGACAUCUCCCAGACGAACAACAGUUGCUUCGUGAACACGCCUGGGCAGUUCACUCCGUUCCUGGCCGAUGGGCCUUCGAGACAAUCCAACCAGAACAACUAUACGAGGUACACAGGAAUCAGUUCCAAUUCUGAACAGAACUCAGGGUUCAUCGACCAUACUCAAAUCAGAGGGCCUGAAAAGUUUAAGUAA